AGAAAAACCUAACUUUCCCUUCCGGGUGAAUGUUAUGAAUGAGUCUUAACUUCCUCUUGCGGCUGACAAGUUGAUUACCAUUUGGAUAGUUGACAGCUGCUGUUUGUUUAAAGUCUGCUCAGAUGGAUUAUUCCGCCGCACAGAGUGGGUUCAGACAGCAACAUAACAUGCGUCUGAGGAACAGUUCUGUGGAUGGACCAGAUGGUGGUCAGCUGUUUGAUGACACAAGUGCAGCUGGGCCUGCGAACCAAGGCGUCUACAGAAAUCAGCAGGCUGGGCCUCAAGCAGCAGGACCUCCUGGUCAGUCCUUCCUGUCUGACCCCAUGUCCAACCUGGCGAUGGCGUACGGCAGCUCACUGGCGACCCAGGGGAGGGAAAUGGUGGACAAAAAUCUGGACAGGUUUAUUCCGAUUUCCAAGCUCAAAUACUACUUUGCUGUGGACACGGUAUACGUGGGAAAGAAGCUGGGAAUUUUAGUGUUUCCUUACAUGCACAAGAAUUGGGAGGUGAGCUACCAGCAGGACACCCCUGUCGCCCCCCGCUUUGAUGUAAACGCUCCAGAUCUUUACAUUCCUACUAUGGCCUUCAUCACAUACAUCCUGGUGGCUGGGCUGGCUCUGGGCACACAGAACAGGUUUUCCCCAGAGCUUCUGGGAGUCCAGGCCAGCUCAGCGUUGGUUUGGUUGAUCAUGGAGGUCCUGGCCGUCCUGCUCUCCCUCUACCUCGUCACUGUAAACACAGACCUCACCACCAUAGACCUUGUGGCUUUUUCAGGAUACAAAUAUGUUGGAAUGAUUAUAGGGAUCAUCGCAGGUCUUCUAUUUGGAAGGCUGGCAUAUUAUCUGUCUAUGUUGUGGUUUUGUGGAGCCAUCUUUGUCUUUAUGAUCCGCACUCUGCGUCUGAAGCUCUUAUCCGAGGCGGCGGCUGAAGGGAAGCUGGUGAGAGGAACCAGGAACCAACUGAGGAUGUACCUGACCAUGUCCAUCGCAGCGGCGCAGCCCGUCUUCAUGUACUGGCUCACCUACCAUCUCAUCAGAUAAAAGCGUCAAGUUUGUAGAAGAACUCUGCUGUCAAUCAAAUUCAUCAUCUCAGAAACAACAACAAAAAAAAGUUAUCCACAAAGAACCACAUUGCUACACUCAAUGAGCAGAACUCCCGUCACCAAACAAUAAAGAGGGGACGUCUCCGCUCCUCUGAGCACAGCCACGUGUUAGUUUGGCCUUUUUUUAUAUUUAAUGUCUUCAGAUUUUGUAGCAAAAACAGGUGGCUUUCAUUUGUGUUUUACUGUGUAAUUGCAUGAUGGCAAUGUUUUUAUGAAUAUUUAUGUACGUCUGUGAAUUUUUAUGUUGCAGAAUUUACUCUGGUUGUCAAAGGCUAAUUUGUUUUAGCCGCACAGCUGCACACCUGCCCCGCAUCUGAUGUGAAGAAACUGUAAACCAGAACAUGAACUGGUUGGCUGCUUACAGAGCAUUUAGACAAAGUCUUGUGUAUAUUUCUUUCAGGAUCUGCUAGAAGGAAAUUACCUUUGUUGCAAAAAAAACAAGUAUAUACCUGAUUACUGCUUAAUAAAUAUAAUUUAA